AGGAGGGAGAGUUCGUUUCAUCAUCGGCGACGGCGGCGGCCACUUAUAAAACUUCUGGGCGCGCACUCGCUCGCGCAGUCUCCGCGCUGCAAGCCUCCUCCGGCGGCCGCGGCCACUCUCACCAGCCACCCGCGCGGCAGCCCCAACCCGAAGCGCCCGGAUCCUGCCCGCCCCGCCGCCCGCCCGGGCCCUGCAGCCGCCGUCCCGCCCCGCCGGGGCCGCCACCAUGGGGUUCUGGCCGGAGCCCGGCGCGCGCCAGGGCAGCGACGCCUCUUCGGGCCGAACCGGCCGCUGUUCCCGCUCGGUCUUCAGCAACAUUAAGGUGUUCGUGCUCUGCCAUGGCCUCCUGCAGCUCUGCCAGCUCCUCUACAGCGCCUACUUCAAGAGCUGCCUCACCACCAUCGAGAAGCGCUUCGGGCUCUCCAGUUCCUCCUCGGGGCUCAUUUCCAGCUUGAAUGAGAUCAGCAACGCCAUCCUCAUCAUCUUCGUCAGCUACUUUGGCAGCCGGGUGCACCGUCCACGGCUGAUCGGCAUUGGGGGUCUCCUCCUAGCCUUGGGUGCCUUCGUCCUCACCCUCCCACACUUCCUCUCAGAGCCCUAUCAGUACACCGCGGCCAGCGUUGGGAACAGCAGCCACUUCCAAGCCGAGCUCUGUCAGAAGCACUGGAAGGAUCAGCCCCCCAGCAAGUGCCAUAGCACCACCCAGGACUCCCGGAAGGAGACCAGCAGCAUGUGGGGUCUCAUGGUGGUGGCCCAGCUGCUGGCAGGCAUUGGGACGGUGCCCAUUCAACCGUUCGGAAUCUCCUAUGUGGACGAUUUCUCUGAGCCCAACAACUCACCCCUGUACAUCUCCAUCUUAUUUGCCAUCUCUGUUUUCGGACCGGCUUUCGGGUACCUGCUGGGCUCCGUCAUGCUACAGAUCUUCGUGGACUACGGCAGAGUGGACACAGCUGUCAUUAACCUGAGCCCCGGAGACCCCCGGUGGAUUGGAGCCUGGUGGCUGGGCCUGCUCAUCUCCUCAGGCUCCUUGGUUCUCACCUCUUUCCCCUUUUUUUUCUUUCCUCGAACAAUGCUCAGGGAAGCAGAGAGGUCUCCUGCCAUAGAGGAUGAAGCAAGGAAGAUGGACGAUGCCAAGCCAAGAAGUUCCCUGAUGGAUUUCAUUAAACGCUUCCCCCGUAUCUUCCUGAAGCUGCUGAUGAACCCACUCUUCAUGCUGGUGGUCCUGGCCCAGUGCACCUUCUCCUCCGUCAUCGCAGGCCUCUCCACAUUCCUCAACAAGUUCCUAGAGAAGCAGUAUGGCGCCUCCGCGGCCUAUGCCAACUUCCUCAUCGGUGCUGUGAACCUUCCUGCUGCAGCACUGGGAAUGCUGUUUGGAGGAAUCCUCAUGAAGCGUUUUGUUUUCUCUCUGCAAACCAUUCCCCGCGUGGCUGCCACCAUCAUCACCAUCUCCAUGGUCCUCUGCGCCCCGCUCUUCUUCAUGGGAUGCUCCACCCCCACUGUCGAGGGUGUCUAUCCCCCCAGGACAUCAAGUUCUAUACAUCUGCAGUUUCCCUCCUGCCACAGGCACUGCUCGUGCCCAGAUUCCAUCUUCCACCCAGUGUGCGGAGACAACGGAGUUGAGUACCUCUCACCGUGCCACGCUGGCUGCACUGGCAUCAACAUCAGCUCCGUGACCUCCAAGCAGCUGACGUAUCUGAACUGCAGCUGUGUGACCGGGGCGUCCGCUUCAGCCAAGACGGGAUCGUGCCCCAUCCCCUGUGCCCACUUCCUGCUCCCAGCCAUCUUCCUCAUCUCCUUCGUGGCCCUCAUAGCCUGCAUCUCUCACAACCCUCUCUACAUGAUGGUUCUGCGUGUGGUGAACCAGGAUGAAAAGUCAUUUGCCAUUGGGGUACAGUUCUUGCUGAUGCGCCUGCUGGCCUGGCUGCCCUCUCCAGCCCUCUACGGCCUCACCAUCGACCACUCGUGCAUCCGGUGGAGCUCACAGUGCUCAGGGAGGCGUGGGGCCUGUGCGUACUAUGACAACGAUACUCUCCGAGACAGGUACCUGGGCCUGCAGGUGGGCUACAAGGCACUGGGUGUGCUGCUGCUCUUGUUCAUCAGCUGGCGGGUAAAGAAGAACAAGGAGUACAACGUGCAGGAGAAGGCUGCGGGCCUCAUCUGACCCUUGACCCCCAGCCCAGCCACUGCCUGCUCCAGAAAGUGGACCCUGCCCCUCCACAACUAUCUGUAUUUACUAAUGUUAACAUAUCGUUUCCGUUUUUUUUUUAAAUAAGAGAAAACCCCAGUCACCAUUUGCCCUCUCUGCCUCCCCUCCACCCCUCUCCGCUGCCAGGAUUCCUCGGGUCCACUGUGUACCUGGGCUGGAUGGGCACUGGACCGGAGGGCCAGGCCUUCUCAGUUCCCUGGGAGGCAGCCCUGUGCCCAGGAUCUCCUCGGUGCUGGAUCUCCCAGCAAGGAUGCAGCCCCUGCCCCCCACCCCAGCAUUGUGGGGAAGGCUUGGUUUCCUAAGUGGAGAGAGCAAAGCAUUAUCUCCCCAGAGCGAAAGGGAGAGGGCUGGGUUAUGGUUAACAGCCAGAGGCAGGCUAGGGGAGGGAGGGGCUUGGCUGUAACCCCCUUUGUGUCUUGGUUCAGCAUAACCCAGC